GGCUGCGGGCGGAGCCGGCGGCGGCGGCGGCGGCGAGGGGCUGGCGGAUCGUGGGCCUGGCGGAGCGGCCUAGCAGGGAGAGGCUUGGUUUUGAAAACCAAAGGAUUAGACACGCUGGGGAAGUAAUGUCCCAUUUCCAUAAAGCAGAGAUGUCAGCUUAUUUAUAGGAACCACCCAAAGUCAGAAUCAUGGUGGAUGUAGGCAAGUGGCCAAUCUUCACUCUGCUCUCACCCCAGGAAACUGCAUCGAUCAGGAAAGCAUGUGUCUUUGGUACCUCUGCCAAUGAGGCAAUCUAUGUCACUGAUAAUGAUGAGGUCUUCGUGUUUGGACUGAACUAUAGUAACUGUCUAGGAACUGGAGAUAACCAGAGCACUCUGGUGCCCAAGAAACUAGAAGCCUUGUGUGGAAAAAAGAUCAAAAGCCUUAGUUACGGGAGUGGCCCCCAUGUCCUCCUCAGCACUGAAGAUGGAGUUGUCUACGCCUGGGGCCAUAAUGGAUACAGCCAGCUGGGGAAUGGGACCACCAAUCAAGGCAUUGCUCCUGUCCAAGUCUGUACGAAUCUCUUGAUCAAGCAGGUGGUUGAGGUAGCCUGUGGUUCACAUCAUUCAAUGGCUUUAGCAGCUGACGGAGAGUUAUUUGCAUGGGGCUAUAACAACUGUGGUCAGGUGGGGUCAGGAUCUACAGCAAAUCAGCCAACUCCUCGGAAAGUUACCAACUGUUUACACACUAAGAGAGUGGUCAGCAUUGCCUGUGGUCAGACCUCCUCCAUGGCUGUUCUGGACAGUGGUGAGGUAUAUGGCUGGGGCUAUAACGGCAAUGGACAGCUGGGCUUGGGAAACAAUGGCAACCAGCUGACCCCAGUCCGAGUGGCGGCUCUGCACGGCGUGUGUGUGAACCAGAUUGUCUGCGGCUAUGCACAUACUCUGGCACUAACAGAUGAGGGCUUGCUCUAUGCCUGGGGAGCUAACACAUAUGGGCAGCUGGGGACCGGGAGUAAAAAUAACCUGCUAAGCCCAGCACACAUCAUGGUGGAAAAAGAAAGGGUUGUAGAGAUUGCAGCCUGUCACUCCACCCACACCUCUGCCGCCAAGACCCAGGGCGGGCAUGUGUACAUGUGGGGCCAGUGCCGGGGCCAGUCGGUGGUCCUUCCCCACCUCACCCACCUCUCCUGCACCGAUGAUGUGUUUGCCUGCUUUGCCACGCCUGCUGUUUCCUGGCGCCUCCUCUCCAUGGAGCAUGAAGACUUUUUAACAGUUGCAGACUCACUGAAGAAAGAAUUUGAUAGCCCAGAAACUGCUGAUCUGAAGUUUCGAAUUGAUGGGAAAUAUAUUCAUGUCCAUAAAGCUGUUUUGAAAAUCAGGUGUGAGCACUUCCGAUCCAUGUUCCAGUCCUAUUGGAAUGAGGACAUGAAGGAGGUGAUAGAGAUAGACCAGUUUUCUUACCCUGUGUACCGUGCCUUUCUCCAGUACCUCUACACAGACACAGUGGAUCUGCCACCCGAGGACGCCAUAGGUCUGUUGGACUUGGCGACGUCGUACUGUGAGAACAGACUCAAGAGGCUUUGUCAGCACAUCAUCAAGCGCGGGAUUACUGUGGAGAAUGCUUUUUCACUAUUCUCUGCUGCAGUCAGAUAUGAUGCAGAGGAUUUAGAAGAAUUCUGCUUUAAGUUUUGCAUCAAUCAUUUGACAGAAGUUACACAGACUGCGGCAUUUUGGCAAAUGGAUGGCCCCCUGCUAAAGGAGUUCAUUGCUAAAGCCAGUAAAUGUGGAGCCUUUAAGAACUGAAGCCUGAGGCUGCUGGGCUGGGUGUGAGUGCUUUGGGGCACUGUGGGUGAUGGGAUUCUGCAGGUAAAACCCCACCAGGUUGCCUUUGUCACAUCAAAGACAGUGCUCUCUAGGAAUAUAUAUGAAGGAUGUUUGCUUUUUAUGAGCCUGUUUUUCACAACUCUUGUUUCUAGAUAUGUAUACUUUAAAUGUGAUUUUCUUACAUUGGGCUGAAUGUUGUGAAAGGUGAAAGCUUGGUUGCUUUUGUUUUUUUAAUUUUGAUGAGAGGAUCUUUUGAACUUGGAUUAAGGAAGUUGGUGAGAUGUCCCUGGGCCUUUGGCAACAAGCCUUUUCACAUUGCUUGUGAGGAGAAGCCCUGCCUGUGCUCCCUGAGAGCUGCCACUGUCGCCACCUUCCUGUGGGAAGCAGCCCUGUGGGAGGCUAAGAAAUAGUGUUGAACAUGCACUGAACCCACUCCAGCAGUCCAGAGAUGUGUAGGUUUGCCGAGGGUCUCUUAAGAUGUGGACACCUAGGGCUGGUAAAGGCUCUUAUCACUAAGCCUGAUGACUUAAGUUCAGUCCCUGGGACCCCCAUGGUGGAGAGAGCAGACGUUACAAGUUGUCCUCUGACCGCUAUGCAUGUUCCAUGACCACACACGUGCACACCAUUUUUAAAGAAGUGUAAUAAAAACUAAAAGCUUGGGGUUGGGAAUUUAGCUCAGUGGUAGAGCG